AAAAGAAGUCUUUAUCUGCUAGAAACAUACUGUAGUAUUUGUGGAUGAGGUAGGAGGUCUUGGAUUUCCAAAGAAACUGGGAGAUUUUGGGGAAAAAAGGAGGGAAACAAGGGACAGAACUAAGAAGUUCGGGAACAAGACUGAGGUCUUAUUUGGUAAACAAACGGGGCUGAGGAUAUCAGGGCAGGAAGCUGUUUUGUGAAGCAUCUGGAAAUGAGCUUCAGAAACAACAUUUGAAGUGAUUGGACUCAUUAGACUUUCAGAGCUGGAGAGGCUUAGAGUUCUCUUCGUCCAUUUUCCCUCCCUAUUUCAUAGAUGACUAGGCUUAGGCCCACAGAAGAAAGUGAGCUGCCCCAGGCACAUCGCUAAUUACUGGCAGCAGUGGGACUGGAUGUCGGGAGGAGUAGGACACCCAUUCUGUACUGGAGUCAGACUUACAGGGGUUUGAUUGCAGCUCUGACUUCACUUCCCGGCUAUGUGACCCAUCUUUCUGACCUCAUAGGGGGACCUCCAGAGCACCUGUGAGCUUUCAGUGGUACAGGAGUGAUGAUGAAGCACAUGGAUCCAUUCAAGGGUUAAAGUCUGCAACUUUGCGUUUAACUGCCUGCUUCACAGAGCCACCUCAGGGUUAACCAAACAUCCUUGCCAAGGGGCCUUGAGGUUUAUGGGAGAAAGAGGAAGUCACAGGUUCUGGGUUUAUUUUUCUCCUGGCUGUAUUGUUUGGCUGCUGUCAGACUGCAUCCACUCCGUCUCCCUUCUCCACUCCAGCCGGCAAAGCUGUCCCCUGGUAUCUCCCGUCGUGGAGCUUAACGUAGGAGGCGAGUUGUACACCACCACCGUGAGCACCCUGAGAAAAGUCCCGGGUUCAAAGCUGGCAGAGAUGUUCUCCAGCUCCACUAAGGCCUGCCUGGAUGCAGAAGGCCGCUUCUUCAUCGAUCGUCCCGGCACUUAUUUCGGACCCGUCCUGGACUACCUGCGCAGCGAGCAGCUGCCCACACAGCACAUCCUGGAGGUGUACCGUGAGGCGCAGUUUUACGAAAUCAAGCCUUUGGUCAAGCUCUUGGAGGACACGCCGCAGAUCUUUGGUGAGCAGGUGGCUCGGAAGCAGUUCCUGCUGCGGGUGCCCGCCUACAGCGAGAACCUGGAGCUCAUGGUGCGCUUGGCACGCGCCGAGGCCGUCGCGGCACGCAGCUCCACAGUGCUGGUGUGCGUGGUGCGCACUGAAGAAGAGGCAGCUCAGUGCGCAGAGGCCCUGCGCGUCUUCGAGUUUGAAAAGAAGUCGGUUGUCAAGUUUGGACCUUGGAAGGCAGCCCCGCAGGUCAAGGACCUCCUGGACUGCGUGAAGAUGGACAUUGCAGCCCAGGGGUACCAGGUAUACUAUGAACACUACUCCGAGAGAACAUUACGGGCCAAGUAUUUCAAUUACUUUUAUACAUUCCUCUUCAUCUGGUGGUGAUCCCCAGGGGCCAGGGGCAGAGGCAGUGUGUUAUGGGUUCUGGUGGGACUUAUGAAAUUGAAAGUUGCCUUCAAAAGCCAUCUUCCAGGGGAGCCUCGGUGGCACGGUCGCUAAGCGUCGGACUUGAGCUCAGGUCAUGAUCUCACAGUCCAUGAGUUUCAAGCCCCCCUUC